AUGGGAACUUUUAUGGGGCAUCUGCUGCCCGGGCUGGCCCUUACUUCCCUCGGUCUGUGGCACACCAUAAACACUACCAAAGCCUUCUUCCUUAACUGGCCACACAAAUUCACAAUAAGAUUUUCGUACCAAUUAAAAUCUCCACUAUUGAAACUACAUCACCUUGAACCCAUACUCAUCCUGUCAUUUUCCGUAUUCGCAAUCUUGGCCCAAAUAAUCAAUAGCAAAAGCCUCCGCUUCUCGGUCGAACUCGACAGUAUCGAGCACACCACCAUUUUCAUCCAGCUUAUUGUAUUCACGGUCUUCACUCUUUUCAGUGAGUUGACUCAGUUAUCAGAGAGCAUGCUAGGAGUUUCUGGAGUCCUUGUUGCCUCAGUUUUUGGGCAGGAGCUUUUCUUGCUUCAUUAUCACUCGACCGACCACAUAGGACUUGAAGGCCAUUACCACUGGCUGAUGCAAAUGAUAGUAUGCAUCUCUUUUCUAUCCUCUUUAUGUUCUACUUUUUGUCCAAACAGUUUUCCAGCAGCAUUAGUUCUUUCGACAUCGGUUGUUUUCCAAGGAUGCUGGUUUGCGAACAUGGGUUUCAUUCUUUGGGUUCCUAGCUUUGCCCCUCAUGGAUGCAUUGAUCGGCCGUCGAUGGAUCACAAAAAUGGGACCAUAGGUGGAGCUGUUGCGUGUGGGACCCAGGAAGCUGACUUGCGGGCCCGGGCUUUGGCCAAUCUGCAAUUUUGUUGGAUACUGUCAUUGAUUUUGAUACUCGUGACAACUGUCAUUGAUUUUGAUACUCGUGACAUCUGUAUGCGUAGUUUUUGGCAGACAAUUUAUGCUGAGGAGGAAGUUAAUUGA